UGGUUGUGACGCCGGAUGUGUUCUUCUUCCCACGCUCGCGACGUUCCAGACUACAUCCAGUGCCCGUACUGCCAGAGGCGGUUCAGUGAGAACGCGGCUGACAGGCACAUCAAGUUCUGCAAGGAGCAGGCGGCGCGGAUGCCCAACAAAGGCAAGGUGGUGGCUGCGGACACUAAGGCGAAGCCUCCGGCCCGGUCUCAGUACAAGCCCCCCCCAGUAAAGAAGGCGAACUCCCCCGCAACAUCGGGCAUCCCGGCUUCUGGCUCCUCCCGCCUGCCCCAGCGCUCCGCAUCCGGGCCGUCUGCAGGGGUUCCUGUCAGCAAGUCUCCCUCUGCCGCCUCUGUGAAAAGUGCCACUUCUGGGUACUCCUCCAAUCGGACCAACACCUCAGGCCUCACCAGCCCUCCGUCUGGGUUUAAUAUGAAAUCCAGGACGCCAACAUCUCCAGGAUCCUUGAAAAACACAUGUUCAGCUGCAGGACCCAACAGGCGGAAGGUCUACAAUGCGGAUAGCUACGUGUCGAGGUAAGGCC